UCUCGGUCCGGAGAAAGCAGGCGGAUUGCACUGGCGAUGUAGCCCGGAGACUAUUGCUGGGCGCUCUUAUUUCUGUAUGGUUGUUCAAUAGCCUAUAUCAAUGACUGCAUAUUGCACUCCGGAAGUAAUCUACGGGAUUAUCUUCAAUCACAUAAUAUAGACAAGUGUUUAUAGACGGAGAAGUGAACCUGCAUGUGAUAUCGUGCACAGUGUCCAAGGGCAUUGUGCCUCUUCAAUGUUCAUAUUUAAUAUUAAGUGAACGAGCAUAGCAUAACCUACGGAGUCUGCAUAUUCGACUAGGUCAUUACUGUCACUGUUGACAUAUUCUACGAGUAGCCUAUCAACCGAUGGCAGUGCAUUUGAAUGCUUGGUUUAUUUUGUCGCCACCACUCAAUUGUUUAUUUCCCCUAUGCAUUGUUUCCAUACCUUCUGCCGAAUUGCUCCAACGGCCUCGACACACUCAUGCUCAGAUAAAGAGAGUGCAAAUACGUGCUUGUCGUGACAAAGGGAUAGGGUGCAGUCUAUUACCAAUAGGCUGGCAUAUAGUGGCAAAUUGAAUAUUGAGUGAGAGUGAAUGAUCUGAAAUACUCUGUUCAUUUCCUUGGUGCACAGAAAGCGUGUGGUUUAAUGUGGGUCCAGGUAGUGCGAACAUCAAAAUUACGCCACUUGUGGAGAGGGAGAAAACUGUAGCCUGUGAGCACAGACAGGGGCGGUGAGAUUCUUUUUAUGGACGCGCCCUGAGUGAUUUGCGCGUGUCAGUCGUGUGUACUCAAUCAUGUUCUCGAGCUCGUAAAUCGAGAGGACCGCCAGUGCGAAGUGCCUCAACCAGAAGGGGCAUUAAAUCCCCGGUGCCGCUAAAAAGGACGCUCAACUUGUACGCAAACAAAACGUGCCGCUGUAGCUAGAGGAGCGUCAAGAGAACAGAGGCAAGCAAUGACAGAUUUUGUUGACAAAUUGCUGACAACUCGGUGAAUAUUGCCGACAAGGACUAAAUCAUUUCUUUCGAAAGUGGAUAACACAGUCUGCCUGUCAUUUCCGUAUAACCACAAUAAAGGACCACAAUAAGUACAGGACAAUGACCCCACACACCUCCAGGCUGUAUAAGGGCUAUUUGACCAAGAAGAAGAGUGAUGGAGUGCUGCAUCAGAUGACCUGGCCUCCACAAUCACCCAACUUUAAGCUAAAUGAGAUGGUUUGGGAUGUGUUGGGUGAAGGAAAUGCAGCAGUGUGGGAGUUUUCUUUUGGUGUCUUGUUUUAGGAUAUACUGUAUAUUUCUAUUAGUUGGAGAAGAAUGUGAGAACCUAUCCUUGUGACUACCAUCAUGUCACCAUCAUAACAAUGAUUAUUAUCAUAUCUCCCAUAAUCAUUGCCAAUCACCCUAAACCACAAAUCAUUAGAGACAUUAUAGUGCUUGGGUCAGGGUGGAACCAAAAUGAUUUUCCAAUCGUUCCGUUCCGAGCAGAACCCCCAUAUUUCUGGAACCAAAAAAUUACGUUAAUUUUAAUUAUUUGUAAUUUGUUGUUGGUAUUUUACCCUCUUCUGCUCCCAAAUUCUGUGAUAACCAAUUGCGAUCUCGCGUCAUCGCUGCAACUCCCCAACAGGCUUGGGAGAGGCGAAGGUCGAGUCAUGCGUCCUCCGAAACAUGAACCGCCAAACUGCGCUUCUUAAAUCCCAGCCGCACCAAUGUGUUUGAGGAAACACCAUUCAUCUGACGACCGCAGUCAGCCUGCAGGUGCCCAGCCUGCCACAAGGAGUUGCUGGAGCACGAUGAGCCAAGUAAAGCCCCCCCGGCCAAACCCACCCGGACAACGCGGGGCCAAUCGUGUGCCACCCUAUGGGAUUCCCGGUCAUGGCCUGUUUGUGACACAGCCCAGGAACGAACCCAGGUCUGUAGUGACACCUGCGAUGCAGUGCCUUAGACUGCUGCGUCACUCGGGAGGCCUUUAAAAAAUUUUUUACAAAAAAUUAAAACUACAUUUUCACCCGGUUCUCAAGAUUUUCAGAAUAACGUUUCUGUUCCGGAACAUUAGAGAUCACUUUCGUUCCCUCUUCCUGUUUUCGUUCCUCAAAAAAUCCCAUUAUUCUUCACUUCCCUGUGCCUGUUCCAACCCUUGCCUCAGGUUGGCUUUUUCUGUCAGAUUGGAUAUUUGUCUCAGCUGUGUGAGAGUAUCCUGAGGUAGAUUGAGUUUCACUUCAGCAGGAAAGGCAGGGGAUAUAAAGCAAAAAGAAAUUCAGAAAGGAAAAUCAAUAUGUUAACUAAAGGAGCGGGUAAAUUAUUGAUGAGGACUACGUGGUGGGAUCCGUAGUGUCCUUACAACUUUGUCUGCUUGCCACUGUUCUGUGGGAGAGGAGCUUGGCUGAGCCAAAAACCAACACCCAGAAUCUCUAAGGCUCUCAGUGAGCUCAAUAUCUGAUGUGCACUCACUUACACACAAGCACACACAUACAUGGACACAUACAUACACACACAUAUAGUCACAAGAGGCCUGCAUACAGACACAUAGUCAUAAGCACCUGCAUACACACUCAAGUACCAUACGUACACAUGGUUGUAUUGAAACACACACAGACACAAUGAGUCGGAAAUGAAUGUUUUAGUAGUCUUUCAAUUUACAUUCAAAGGACGUUAUGUAUAGUAUGACAAUACACUGGCCUAAUGAGACAAUGGAUUGUUGAUCAAUAUCAGGCUCCAAUCAUACAGGUGAUAACAGGAAGAACAGGCAGGGUGGCCUUCAAUUCCGCAUGGAUGGAGAAGGUAGAGGAAUGUGAGGGAGAGGUAGAAGAGAGGGAGGUAGGUAGGUAAAGAGAGGGAUGAAAAGAGAAAGUGAGGGAGAGCAGGUGAGACCUGAAAGCUGCCUUUGUGUGGCGGCUGGCAGUAGGAACACUGGCCUGCUCUGUGAGGUUUUCCACACACACACACACACACACACACACACUGGGGAGUUAUGGGGGGUGCUUGAGCAAACAUACAGUGUUGAAAACCGUUGCAUGAUGUUUUCAAAUAUAACAACAACAAAACACUCUCUCCACACCCCAAGAUUAACGGACAUUACAACGCCAUAAAGCGGCUCUAUUUUCCCUUAUUUUACACAUCUCCAUUUCAGUGGCUAAACGGCUCCCCAUUCCCCCCUCCACUGCAUCUCAACUGUAUCUGAUGCUGUUCAACUGGAGCUUGAAGUGCAUGAUGAUAUCAGAGCCGGCUGCUUCAUGUUCGGCAUACGAAAACCACGACAGCACGGUUCCAGGACUGGACGUCAAUAGCGAGAGACCCGGGAGACAGUGGGCGCCAUGAGGCGGCGAGGAGGGCUUGAGAGAGAGGAGACAUCGCCCUUCAUCAUCCUCAGCAUCGGGCAGUGCAGGAAAUGCACACACGCGCCACAGAGACUGUCUAGCAAGAGACAGGCUAACAGCACCCAAUUCUGAGAGAGAGAGACGAGAGAGCGAAACCGAAGAGAGUGGAGUCAACAUCCAUUUAUUUAUCCUCAAUGGGCUUAAACUAGACCGGAUCAGACUUGGAAGAAAUGAUGUCCAAGUUACCAAACUGUUCUAUAUUGGACCCUCCUUGUUAGACCUUCGAAACAACUCACCCACCUUUGUGAGGCUUGGAGCUGAGAGGCAGAGAGAGGGGGGAAAAAAGAGAGUGACAGCGAUAGAGGAAGAGAACGAGAGACUUUGGGCUCCAUGCAGGCGCGUAAGAAGUAUGUCCUGCUGGGGCUGUGUGCUUGCUGCUGGCUGCUGCUCUUCUACUGGGGCGGUGGGGUCCAGGUCCGUCUCCUCAAGCUGCUGGGGCAGCAGAGGGGCGAUGUGGUGCGCCCCUGGCCCGACUGGACCGACAGGGUACUCCUUCCGGGCUAUGCCCAGCUGGAGGAACUCCAGACGGGGCCUGGUUCUGCCGAGUCCCCCCGCCAGCGUCACCAAGCCUGGACGGGCAUCUAUAAAGACAGUCGCUGCCGAAUGGAGACCUGCUUCGACUUUACGAGAUGUCGACGUAGAGGGCGGGACGGGUUUCGAGUGUACGUCUACCCGUCGGAGAAGGGUGAGCGCGGGUCGGAGAGCUAUCGUAAGAUACUGACGUCUAUAGGCGAGUCGCGGUACUACACCACGGACCCUCGCGAGGCAUGUCUCUUCGUUUUGGGGAUUGACACUCUGGACCGUGACCAGCUCUCGGGGCAGUUCGUGCCCAACUUGGACGAUCGUAUCAAGGGUUACCCGCUCUGGAACGAGGGACGGAACCACCUUAUCUUUAAUCUGUACUCGGGCACCUGGCCCAACUACACCGAGGACCUGGGCUUCAACAUCGGUCAGGCCAUCCUGGCUAAAGCCAGCCUCAACACGGAACACUUUCGGCCCGGGUUCGACGUCUCCAUCCCCCUCUUCUCCAAGGACCACCCACAGAAGGGGGGCGAGAGGGGCUGGUUGGUGCGAAACACGGUCCCACCGCGCAGGAAGUACCUGUUGAUGUUCAAAGGGAAGCGGUAUCUAACGGGCAUCGGGUCGGACACCCGUAACGCCCUGCAUCACAUCCAUAACGGGAAGGACAUAGUGUCCCUCACCACAUGCCGUCACGGGAAGGACUGGGAGAAACACAAAGACGCCCGCUGUGACCAUGACAACCUAGAGUAUGAGAGGUUUGAUUAUCAGGAGCUGCUCCACAACUCCACCUUCUGCCUGGUUCCCCGGGGUCGUCGCCUGGGCUCCUUUCGCUUCCUAGAGUCUUUACAGGCGGCGUGUAUUCCAGUGUUGCUCAGUAAUGGUUGGGAGCUGCCCUUCUCUGAUGUCAUCCAGUGGAACCAGGCUGUCAUAGAGGGAGAUGAGAGAUUGCUACUGCAGGUCCCAUCUACAGUGCAUGCGGUGGGACAUGAGCGAGUCCUAGCUCUGAGGCAGCGGACCCAGAUGCUAUGGGAUGCCUACUUCUCCUCCGUGGACAAGAUAGUCCUCACCACACUGGAGAUAAUUAAGGACCGGGUUUUCUCUCACGUCUCCAGAAAUAAGUACAUGUGGAACGCCCUGCCAGGGGGCCUACUGGUCCUGCCAGAGUACUCCACACACCUGGCCCACUUCCCCUUCUAUUACCUGAGCCUAGGGGUCAGUCCAGGUCAAGAGUUCACCGCCAUCAUCCAUGCCGUCUCCCCAUUGGUCUCCCAGUCUCAGCCAAUCAUGAAGCUGCUUCAGGUGGUCUCCAAGUCCAAAUACUGUUCUCAGAUCAUCAUCCUGUGGAACAGUGAGAAACCACUGCCCCCCAGGAGUAAAUGGCCCCCCAUGCCUGUCCCCCUCACUGUGACAGACGGUAGGAGGAAGACGAGCAGUCGUUUCCUGCCCAACGUGGCCAUAGAGACAGAGGCAGUGCUGAGUCUGGAUGAAGAUACAGUCCUGCUGACCAGUGAGGUGAACUUUGCCUUCUUGGUGUGGAUGAGUUUUCCUGAGCGCAUCGUGGGCUACCCCCCCAGGAGUCACUUCUGGGACCCAGUGAAGAACGCGUGGGGGUACACCUCCAAGUGGACUAACGAGUACUCCAUCGUUCUGACAGGGGCAGCCUUCUACCACAGGUACUAUCACUACCUGUUCUCCCACUACCUGCCCCCUUCCCUGCGGGCGCUGGUGGACCGCACCUCCAACUGUGAGGACAUCCUCAUGAACUUCCUGGUUUCCGCUGUCACCCACCUGCCGCCAAUCAAAGUGGCCCAGAGGAAACAGUACAAGGAGCUUCCCAGCCCACAGGUGAGGCCACACCCAUCAACGGUGAAUCUGACCAAUGAGCUGCCCAGCCCACAGGGUACGAAGAUGAGUGCUCCGUGGGCCAACCCGGAGCACUUUGCCCAGAGGCAGGAGUGUGUGAACAGCUUCGCCAGCUGGUUCGGAUACAUGCCCCUGGUCCACUCCCAGUUCCGCCUGGACCCCCUGCUCUUCAAGGACCAGGUGUCUGUCCUGCGAAAGAAGUACAAGGACCUGGAACGUGCUUGACGGACCAACAGACGGAUAGAGGAAUACAGUGUGGAGGCCUGGUCUGGCGGUUAAAUGUAGACAGACAGACAGACCCGGGUGGACUGAUCUGAUGAUGAAAGCGGGAGAAAGGGGACCUAAAGCGAAGAGCUAGACUCCGCCUCCAGGGGUCUGAGACAACGCGCUAUUUGAGGAGGAAAAUAUGGAGGAGGCCUAAUGUCUCUUGUGACUGGUUCUCCGUUGGUAAUGGACGGGUGAAUGAACACUUGUUGAAGAUGUCAACCACUCCCAUUGUAGUCUGAAUGGAGGGGAACAGUGUUUCAUGUCGAAGGAAGGCGCCAAACGGACAGUUGCUGGUGCAGUGCACUGCAGCCGGUGUAUUUCUACAGUACAUCUGGGAGUUGGGACAGUCGUAAAGCAAUUGAUUCAUUUCGCAUCACGUAACUGUAAGACCAAUAAAAACAUUUCCCAAGUGCAAA